AUGGCAACUACUGGUGCAGGCGCUACUGCAACUGCGCCGACUGGAACAGAUCAGAAUUUUGAUUAUAUGUUUAAACUACUGAUUAUUGGUAAUUCCUCAGUGGGCAAGACUUCAUUCUUAUUCCGAUACUGUGAUGACUCUUUUACGUCUGCAUUUGUUUCAACAGUUGGCAUCGAUUUCAAAGUAAAAACAGUAUUUAGAGGAGAUAAACGUGUUAAGCUGCAAAUAUGGGACACUGCAGGACAAGAGCGGUAUCGGACCAUAACGACUGCAUAUUAUCGUGGAGCAAUGGGUUUCAUCCUUAUGUAUGAUAUUACUAACGAAGAGUCAUUCAACAGUGUUCAAGAUUGGUGCACACAAAUCAAGACGUAUUCAUGGGAAAACGCGCAAGUAGUACUAGUUGGUAACAAAUGCGACAUGGACGAUGAGCGAGUAGUGUCAUGUGAACGGGGUAAACAGUUAGCGGAUCAACUUGGCUUAGAAUUUUUCGAAACAUCAGCGAAGGAGAAUAUAAAUGUGAAAGCGGUAUUCGAAAAAUUGGUAGAAAUAAUAUGUGACAAAAUGGCGGAAUCGUUGGAUUCGGAUCCCACGACAGCGCAUCCCAAAGGACAACGGCUGGAUGCACCAAGCAUGCAGAAGCCGCCAUCGUCACAGUGCAACUGCUAA